CGGAACUGGGUGGAGAAGAACAAACACAUUUACGAGAGACCAGAGAAAGUGGGGUUAAACAAGCUUUUGCAAUAACUGAGAGAUGACAGGGGAAGAAUAAAGUCAAUGACCGCCCUUCAAGCUCAAGAUUCAGAUUUAAACACUGGCCUGCUUCUUACGAAAUCAACAACAGAAGUUCAUUGAAGACUAAUAAAAGCUACGGGUAGAAUCCACGAACACAGAGGAGAGAUUAUAAAAGCUUUGUUUUGUGAGCACAGGCAUGAUGAACAGCUCUAAAUGGCUUUUGUGAAUGUAUGAGUACCAAUACAUUAUCUUUUUGACACACGGCACAAUAAUUGGUGCUCAGUAACAACAAAAUAAUGAGCUCAAAAAGUUAACAGGCCCUUCCGACACCGACAUUCCGGGAGCCGGCAUGUACAGGUGCCCCAGGGCGAGAUAGACGGCGAGUAUAUUAGUUUCAGAUUAUCCACCUCUCUCAUUUUUCUUCCCCACAGACAUCUCACUCCCUUCUUUAUCUACAGCAAAUACCUGCUCUCUCUCUUUUUUUUUUUUUUUGUAGGUCAUGUGAAAGAUUUACCUCAUCCAGCUCUCUCUGCUGUUCUCAGUUCAUCCAUAUAGGAGAAUGAGUCAUGAGUAUUGGGCAAAAAGAGAAGAAAUAUGAUUCAAAAACAUGUUUUUUCCUCAAAAGGAGAAUGCACAGAUCUGGAUUGCUCCUGCUGUCUCUGUGUGCCGGCUCUCUGGUGACCCAUAGUGGCGCGUUUGGGAAUCGAAGGCUGUGCGGGAUUCAGCUUGUGGAAGCGCUGCUACUCGUCUGUGGUGAAAAGGGUCUCUUCUACCAGCCUGGCAGGCGUUUCGGUUUCCGCAUCAUGAGGAACAGCGCCCCCUUCCUGCGGCAGACGGGAGUGGCUGCUCAGAGUGGAGAGAGGGGCACUGCCAGAAGCAGCGUUGCAAAGAGAGGCAUUGUAGAGCAGUGCUGCCAUUUCUACUGUGACUAUUAUGAUCUGGAGAAUUACUGUAACACAUAGAGAAUCUGAUGCAUAUACACUUCACCUAAGUAAUGACCAGAGCUGGGUAGUAACGGAUUACAUGUAAUCUGGAUUAAUCAGAUUCCAAAAAUCAAGUACUUGUAAUUAGAGUACAGUUACUAUGAUUAGAUAUUAUUUACACAAUGGCAGUAAGUUGUUCAAAAUUCAUUCAUAAUUUUUCAUUUUUUUUUACAUUUAUAUUUUUUUCAUAAUAAACCUGUCGCUUUUAUACGUUCGUGAUUCGUCAAGUUUUUCCGGCAGUAAGGAGGAAAUAUAGAUGAAAUAUAGAUGAUAUUUAUAUAUAUGAAAUAAUAAUAAUAAUAUAUGAAAUAUAGAUGAAACAUUUGAUGUAGCAGUGAUAUUGCUGUAAAUUUCAUGUUUUUCAAUAUUUGUUUUUGUAAUGUUGCUGUUUUCUAAAUGUACUUAAUUUUAAGUAAAUAUGUUUUAAAAUCAUAAGAUGUGAUUUUGUUUUAUUCAGUGUUACUAUCA